AUGAGUUUCAUAAUCGAAGUCUAUCGACCAUUUCAUCGUUCACGUGAUUGGAUGGAAUCAUCCAAUUCGAAAUUGUACGGUGCUGUAAGCGACUAUGAAGAUGCUGAAAAAGGUGUACGAGAAGUAAUUUAUACAUUUAUUCGUGAAACAUUUCAAAUGGGUAUUUCAUGGUUAACUCAAAUGUAUACAUUUCUCAUUCAUUAUUUUGCUAAACAUGUAUCGGAAAAAUUACUUUCAGAACCAAAAUUUUCUCAUCUGAAACGACAUACAAAAUUUCUUAGCAUGGUCAAUCUUGAUUAUCAUAAAACAACAAGACAAUUUAUUCGAAAGGCUAUUGCUGGUUUCAAACAUUGUCGUUAUGCAAAAAUGGCUUAUGUCAGUCAUGGUGUAAGUUUGAAUACUCAACGAUUAGGUCGUUCAUUAGUAGUACCCGAUAGUAAUAGUGAAGAGAGAGAAGAACAGAACGAACAAUCCUAUCUCACCAAUCGACUUUUGGACUAUGGAAAAACGACGAUUCAAUUAAAAGCUACAUCUGAUCCGUUAAGUUUUAUCUUCAGCGAUGGAAAAUUUUUGCCGGCUACUCGUGAUCCACUCACAAAUGAUUAUCUAAAACCAACGCAACGGGCUGUAGAAGAAUUAUACAAAGCUGUACGUGGACAUCUAGUCUAUGAUAUGAAGACGAGUUUUUUUGCUAAUGUCGUUCUUGAAAUGCAAGAAUUUAGUAAAUCGAUACCAUUCGAUAAAGGUCUAAUUCCACGAAUUAUGAGUAUGUCCGACGAGCAAAUAGCCUUAUUAGCUAAUAUUCGUAUUGAUGAACAACAAUGUAAAUUAAAAUAUAUUGACGAACGUCUAACAGAAUUGGAAGAAACACGUGAUGCUGUUGAAGUUGUAUGUAAUGAAUUUUAUAAAAAUCGAGAAGAUAAUGAAAUGUCAAUUGAAUCUACAUCAGAGAUGAAGCGAAAUAUUCGUCUUAAUCAUAAAAAACUUCGAGAAAAACAACGACAUAAAAUCGAAGAUCAAUUACCUAUUGAUCGUAAGGAGAAGACGACCAUUGAUGAAUGGUCCACAACUGUUCUGAGUCAUAGCGGAAACACUUCCGAUAAUGAUGAUGAUGAAGAAGAACUUAUGUCAUUAGAUAAUAAUGAUGAUAUUGAACAAUUUCUCCUUCAAAUAUAUCGUAAACAUGAUGAAAUUGAUCUUAAAUAUGGUUUUCUUGAUGAUGAUGAAGAAGAAACCGAUGAAUAUAUCAAUGAUCAACGACCAAUCUUGACUGAUGCGACUACAGUGGACAUUGAAAAUGAAAAUCAUCAGCAAGACGAACUUAACCAUGAUUCUUUAAGAUCUGAAGCACCAACUACAGAACAAGAUGCAUCAAGAGGAGAAUACAUCGUUCUUAAUGAAUCCACAUGA